CCGGCAGUGGUUAAUGUCCACACAAUAGAAAUGCACAAAUGAGAAUUUCAAAGUAACUUUCCAUUCAAGUAUUGAAAUUUUUAUUAUGUCUCAUAUUGUUCAAAAUUGAAAUUUUAAUUAACUCUGUGUUUUAAGAGCGACUGUGGCUCAUUGUUACCACUUUUUUUUUCAUAGUUAAUUCUGUAACAAAAUGUUAUUUAACCUUCAAGGUAUCGAAGAAUGGGUAGAACUAGAACUAUUUUAUAAUAUUAUUAUAUUGUUUAAUUAAAACCCAAUGUACUCAGUAUAAACAGCGAACUUAAAACAGAAAAUUCUGAUGGCACGCACAUCUUCCUACUUCCAUUAUGUCUGGUGGAUCUUCUUUGUCUCAGUUUUCGUUAUCUUACUAGCAAAAGGAGGAUGUCAGAAGCAGUACUUCCGAGUUGAACCACGCGCCAGUGAUGUAAUACAAGGUUAUACUAUUGAUUUACAAUGCCAUAUAGGAAACUUAGCUGGAGCUGUGCAAUGGAGCAAAGAUGGUUUCGUCUUAGGCUACGAUCCCGACAUCCCAGGUUAUCCGCGUUACGUGAUGAUUAUUAAUCCCAACAAUGGAGUUUACAACUUGAGGGUUUCACAAGCUCAGCUUAAGGAUGAAGGAGUAUAUCAAUGUCAGGUUGGGCCAGCACCAGGAAACAAGCCAAUCAGAAGUCAGGCGAAUUUGACAGUGUUAGUUCCGCCAGAGAAAGUUGAAAUCCGUCAUCGUUCCAAUGGAAGCGUGCUAGAAGUGCGUGAGGCUGAACGUGUUUCUUUGACGUGCUAUGCUUAUCAAAGUAAACCGCAAUCUCAACUGAAAUGGUACCGUAACCGCAAGGAGUUGAAAGAUCCGGUGCCAUACGAAGUGGAAGACCUGAGAAACAAAUUAUUCACAACCUUCAGUACAAUCACUAUUCAUCCUAAACUAGAAGACAACAACGCCACCUACACGUGUGAAGUUGUACACCCUACUUUGAAAACUUCGUUAACAGCCACCGUUAGAAUAAGUGUUUUGUAUCCUCCAGAGCCUCCGGAAAUCGAAGGGUACAAUGAACAGGACAUUGUUCAAAUAGGUGAUACCUUAACAUUGGCCUGCAUAUCACGUGGCGGCAACCCACCGGCAACAUUAGUAUGGUUUAGGAAUGGUGUUCAGGUAGACAAAACAUUUUCAGUUAUAGGUCAAGAGACAACAAAUAAGCAUAUUUUCCGCGUAACAGCAUCAGACAACAAGGCCGUUUAUCGUUGUGAGGCCUCAAACAGCGUAACUCUACAACCUCUGAAGGCAUCAUUGACCCUCAAUGUUCUUUUUUCCCCCUCUAAGGUAACAAUCAAGGGACAUCGUGAGGGUAGAAUCGGGGACAACAUCACAUUAACGUGUCUAGCAGGUCCAAGUAAUCCAGAAUCCGAGCUAUCGUGGAUAGUAGAUGGAUUACCAGUAUUUUCUACUUUUGAUACUACCUUAACUUCAUUAGGGACUUGGUUCACGACAUCAAAUAUCAGUUUCACAUUGACCAAGCAGGAUCCUGAUACGAAGACAUUUUCCUGUGUAGCUGUCAACAAGAUUUUAAAUGAGCAUGUCACACAAACAGCAAAACUUAGUGUUAUAUAUCCACCAGGACCGCCAUCUGUAGAAGAACUUGAUAAUGAACCAAUCAUUUCAGGGGAAAUAAAACAAAUUACCUGUGUUUCUUUCGGCGGGAAUCCUCGUGCAACCAUUCGAUGGUUCAAGGGAGAUAUGGAGGUCGUAGCUAUGACUAAGCCUGUACCUAAUGGAGUUGCAAGUAGCUUAAUAAUCCAAGCUGAAGCAAGUGAUAAUGGAGCAGUAUAUAGAUGUGAAGCGUCCAAUCCGGCAAUACCCCGACCUCUGGUGGUUUCUGUAACAACUAGAGUCAUCUUUCCACCUGCUGAAUUAAACGUCGAAAUAAAGCCGCAAAAUCCGAGGGAAAAUCAAAUUGUAACAAUAACAUGCGAGUCUGGAUCCAGUAAUCCUGAGAGCAUCAUUCAGUGGUGGAGGAAUGAUAAAUUGAUCAGUGGAGAUGUGGUUGCGAUCUCUAGAGGAGACUAUGGAGGAAAAGUAACAAGAAGUCGACUUCGAUUUAACGUCAGUUUUGAAGAUGAUGGCUCGGUGUUCGUGUGUCAAGCAACGAACCCUAGAAUACAUCGUUCUAUACAAAAAACCAUCAAACUUGAAAUACUUUAUAAGCCCCGAUUUCUGGUUCAAAAUCUGGAGCGCUUCGAUGUGCUAGAAGGAGAAUCAGCUCAUAUCAACGUUACUGUAAAAGCUAAUCCGUCGUCCAUCUCCUACCAGUGGUUUCAAGAGGGGCAGUUAAUAAUUGACCCCUCGUCCAGUGCACUCUGGAUCACGCACGGUCCUCAUAGUCAUAAUGUUUUUGCAAGAGGUUCAGUACUAGAAAUCCCAAAAGUUUCAAGAAAUCAUGCGGGUCUUUAUGUAUGUGAAGCUGCAAACUCCGAAGGAGCUACAAAAAUUGAAAUAAUCAUUAACGUUCUAUAUCAGGCCACCAUAACAAAAUUCAGCCAUACGGUUCUGGCAAACCCUGGGGACGACGCUCAAUUCGAAUGCAUAGUAAAUGGUAACCCACUCACUGAUGACACCAUACGAUGGGCCAGAUCUGGUUUUGACAAGCUCAGGACGCAAGUGGUUUCUUCCAGAGGGCAUUCGAUACUAAACGUUUUCAAUGUGUCAAGGAAGGACGCUGGGGAGUUCCACUGUUUAGCUUACAAUGGAAUUGGAGAAGAAACGGAAGCACGCAUACAGCUUGUAGUCAAGUUUAAACCAGUUAUUCACUUGACGAGGCAACUGCUAAACGUAGCUGUUGAUCAAGGAAACACUGCCCGUCUUGUCUGUGUUGUGGAAGCUGCUCCCAGCGUCAACUUCACCUGGUCCUUAGACAGUGGUGUGGUGAUAGGAAGUUAUCUAGGCAUCUCUAAGUACACCAUCCAAAAAGCCCAGUUAGACGAGACUAUGUGGGAAAGUGUUUUGUUUAUUAAGAAUGUUACAGAUACUGACUAUGGAAAGUAUAUGUGCAUUGUAAAGAACGAGUUAGGUGUUGAUGAUAUCAUUAUUACACUCAGAAGAAAAGGCAAACCGGAUUCCCCUGAGAACUUUCAUGUUCUCAAUGUUUCAUACGACUCAGUAUCUUUAGGAUGGAUUCCUGGCUUCAACGGCGGAGCCGCACAGGAGUUCCAAAUCCGCUAUCGCGAGUCUAGGUCUAAAAUAUACAGCUUUACCAAAUUCAUUCCAGGAAGUUCUGUCCUUCUAGUUGUAAGAGACUUAAAACCACAGUCGGAAUACGUGUUCGAAAUCAUGGCUCGAAAUAAAUACGGAGAAAGUCGUAACACUAAUGCAGUUGUAACAACUAAAAUAUUGGAUAACUCUUUAAUGGACACAUCAAAAGCCAUGGUCAACUCUACCGAUGAAGAUAACAAAGGAAUUUCUAGUAUUUUCAUCAUUGUAGGUGUUAUUGCAGGCGCAUGUCUCGUUUUUCUUAACAUCAUUUUUGUCAUCUAUUUUAUAAGAAAAAGGAAGCAUAAUCAACAAAACCAAGAAGAUGUCACUUCUGAAAGAAAGACAUCCGAAGUGUCUGAUUCUCAGAUGUAUACACCUAGUAAUUAUCAAGAGAAAAUUAACGGAGAAGCAUUAUACCCGGUUCAGGAUGAAAGCAACGAAACUAGUCAUGAUAUAAUGUUGAAAGAAGUACCCAACAAUAGAAAGAACGUGGAAGUUGAGAAUGAACAAAGUAAAUCCCCAAAGUAUAAUAAACCUUCCGAAGAAAGGACUGAAGAAGAACAAAAUAGAGAAAUGAGGACAUGCAGUGAAACUGACAAAGACUGCCCGGAUAUUUUAAAGAAACCUGAAAUAUCAAGUAUAGAAAACCGGGAAGUAACGAAACGAGAAUACAACAAACCAUUUAUGAACGGUGGACGUUCCCAAAGAAAAGAGUUCCCUACCCAAGCAGUGGAUAUAUCUAACGUGCCAUAUCCUGCCUCAACAAAGACAGCCAAAGUCAAGCACGUUCAGAUCAUACUUCCUGAUAAAGAACCCAACGUUAGAGCUCGUGAUCUUGUCGUCCACACAUCGUCCAAGCCCCAAAAAUACGUCGUCGGUAAGCUGGGAGUUCAUGUAGUAUGAUUUGAAAGACAAAGGUAGAUCGCACAACAUAAUGCCCACGCAAUUGCCAGAGGUGAAAGAAACCCAAACAGAUAUAUAUUUAUCUCUGUAUGUAUAUUCUGUACCCAAUUUAUUCACAGCUAGCUCCUUAUUCCUUGCUUCGGGAAACGUCAACUAAUUUAUGAUAGCAAAGGUGUAACCAGAUAGUCUCAAACAUUUCAAGAAAAGACUUAUUAGAAUUUUAAAAAAUCUGGACAAAAUACUAAAAAGCUGUAUACUUGUUGUACGUGUACUUUCUUGAA